GUGCGCACAGAUCAGGGCUGAGUUUUCUCGUCAUACUUCUGCCUUAUAAGUGAUGACAAUUUCUUGAAUCUGUUCCUGCUCUUUACCCAUUAGGCUUUCAGUUGCCUUUGAAUUUAUGUUUAGGCAUCAUGUCUGAAGGUUUUGACAGAGCAAUGGACCAAGAACUUCAGGCAGCCUAUGAUGCUUUCUUGUUCAAAUAUGGAGGCACAUAUUUCCAAACUGGUUAUACAACGGCUCAAGUUAUAGAUUCCUUGAAGGAUAUGACAGUUAGAGACAAUGAUGUGUUUCUUGUCACCUUUCCAAAAUCAGGAACUGUUUGGCUGCAACAGAUUCUAUGUCUGAUAUUUUGUGAAGCUCAUAUAAAUAUGACGGAGGAUAUCAAUUCAAGAAGAUCUCCAUGGAUUGAAUAUAAUUUGGAAAAUCUUGAUUUUAACAACCGUCCUUCUCCUCGUCUUUUUUCUACACAUCUGCCGUAUUACCUGAUACCAGAGGAAUUGAGGACCCCAAAAGGAAAAAUAAUUUAUGUGUACAGAAAUCCAAAGGAUAACAUGGUUUCAUUUUAUCAUUUCUGUAAACUUUUUCCCAGUUUAAAGAAGGCAAACAUUACAUGGGACGCUUUUUUUGACUGGUACAUGGCAGGAAAAGUAUAUGGUGGACUGUACUUUGAUCAUCUCAGGGGCUGGUAUACACACAAGGAAGACCUUAAUUGCAUUUUUUUAACCUAUGAGGACAUGAUAAAGGAUCUAAAAUCUGCUGUUUUGAAAAUAUGUGAGUUUCUGGAAAUUAAACUUGAUGAUGAAGGAGUGGACAGAGUUGUGGAGAAGUCAACAUUUCAAAAUAUGAAGAAAGAUCCACUUGCCAAUUAUGAGUCUGUUAAAAAACAAUUCUUAGAUCAACAGCAAGGAAGCCUUCUACGCAAAGGGACAAUUGGAGAUUGGAAAAAUCUAUUGACUGUUGCUCAAAGUGAAAAAGUUGAUAAAGUGCUCCAAGAAAAGUUAGGAGAUCUGUCACUGAAAUUUAUCUGGGACAUCAAUGAAGAAUAGAAGACGGACUAAUCUACUCAAUAAUUAAUGAUGUACAAAUACAUAACCAAUACAUUAUAUUAAACCGUUUUGUUG